AUGGUUGCGUUGUAUGAGCAGAUACUGCUCUUCGGAGACUCCAUCACCCAGGCUUCAGGCGAAAGCGACGGCUUUGGCUUCGCUGCCCCCCUGCAGCAGGCCUAUGCCCGCAGACUCGAUGUGGUGAAUCGGGGGUUCAAUGGGUACAACACCGAGAAGGCAUUGAAGGUCCUCCCGCGCCUCAUGCCUGCCCCGGACCAUGCCAAAGUGCGCCUGAUGACCGUCUUCUUUGGGGCCAACGACGCCUGUGUCCCGGGAGGCAGCAGCAAGCAACAUGUUUGUUUGGAAGCGUACACGCAGAACCUCCGCGCCAUAUGCAUGCAUGAAUGCGUCAAGGCCCACAGCCCGGCUCUGAUCAUCGUCACGCCUCCACCUGUCAACGAGCGGAAGAUGGAGCCGGUCGACAUCCUGAAAGGCCACAACGGCCUUCAGCGCACCGCCGCAAACACCAAAAAGUACGCUGAUGCUGCGCGCAAGGUAGGCGAGGACUUGAAGAUCCCCGUGCUCGACCUACACACCAUUUUCAUGCAGAGGAGUCCGGAGGAAUUGGAGGACUUCAUGUACGACGGGCUGCAUUUGACGCCGCAAGCAUAUAAGAUUGUUGUGGACGAGCUGAUGAGCUUGAUUGCCUCGGCCUAUCCGGAUCAGCUCCCGGACAAGAUCCCCUUUGUGCUCCCUGCGUGGAAUGACGAGGAGGGGUGGAGUAGAUUCUGA